GUUCUCCUCUUCCUCUCUCUCUCUUCUCUCUCUCUCUCUACGGAUUGCCUCACACGCAUCUCGCGUGCAAUUCAAGCGAAACUUUCUGAAUAUCAAAGUGGCAUAGAGCUCCACUUUUAUGGCCAUCCCUAUGAAGGCCUCUCCGGGUUCCUGAUAUAGAUGUUUCCUUGUUCUGAACAUGAAAAGUUCUCAGGUACUCCGCCGUUGAUGAACUGCCUCCACACCUGCGGCGACAAGAAGACGCUGAAGAAGUGGUUUUUCAUCGACAAGACAGUAGGCUAAAUCCAGUCCCAGAGAACAAAUUGAAGCACCACUCCCCACCGCACAGCAGCACAGCUCUUCUCUUCACCGAUCCCGAUGGAUAUGGGCAGCGGCUCGUCACCUGUCAUCACCGAUCCGAUAUCGAUAAGCCCACCGCUGCUGGGAGGCUUGACGUCGAACCUGAUGCCGUUCUCGGUCAUGUCCGGAGGCUGCUCCUCCAGUCCUAGCAUGAGCGCCAGCAGCAGGCGUAAAAUCGAGGAGGUCCUUGUCAAUGGCCUGCUAGACGCGAUGAAAUCGUCGUCGCCUCGCAAGAAGCACAACCUCGCCUUCGGACAGGAUAAUUCGCCCGACGAAGAUCCUGCUUACACUGCAUGGCUGUCAAAAUGCCCUUCUGCGCUGGCCUCCUUCAAGCAGAUAGUAGCCAACGCACAGGGCAGGAGGAUCGCUGUGUUCUUGGAUUACGACGGCACCCUGUCGCCGAUCGUCGACGAUCCCGACAAAGCGUUCAUGUCCCCUGUGAUGAGAGCUGCUGUUAGAAAUGUCGCGAAGUACUUCCCUACCGCGAUUGUCAGCGGAAGGUCCCGUAAGAAGGUGUUUGAAUUUGUAAAACUGACGGAACUGUACUACGCUGGUAGUCACGGGAUGGACAUAGUGACAUCUGCAGCAGCACAUGCUACUGAAAAGUGCAAAGAAGCCAAUCUCUUCCAACCUGCUUGCGAGUUUCUCCCUAUGAUUAAUGAGGUUUCCAAGUGCCUCGUGGAGGUCACGAGUUCAAUUGAAGGUGCAAGAGUUGAGAACAACAAGUUCUGUGUAUCUGUACAUUACCGCAACGUAGCAGAGAAGGACUGGAAAGUGGUCGCAGGACUCGUGAAACAAGUCUUGGAGGCCUUCCCUCGUCUCAAAGUAACCAACGGGCGAAUGGUUUUAGAGGUUCGCCCGGUGAUCGACUGGGACAAGGGAAAGGCUGUCGAGUUCCUGCUUCGGUCGCUCGGCCUAAGCGACUCCGAAGAUGUGGUUCCUAUCUACAUCGGAGACGAUCGAACAGACGAAGACGCCUUCAAGGUACUGCGAGAGCGAAGCUGUGGAUACGGAAUCCUAGUCUCGCAGGUGCCCAAGGACACUGAAGCCUUCUACUCGCUGAGAGACCCGUCUGAAGUGAUGGGGUUCCUCAAUUCCUUGGUGAGAUGGAAGAAGCACCCGCUGUGACGCAACUGAAAACACAACGACUGAUUCAGAAGCCGUAAAGCGACUGUACUUCGUGCGGCGGCAAUUUUGUAGAGUUUUUGGCUCACCGGGUGGCUCAUUCUUUCAUGCGUUUUUAUUUUUUAUUUUUUUAACUGUCACAGUCCUUCGUCACUGAGAAAUAACAAGUGGUUGUCCCACACCCUCUUGCAACUGUAAUCUGUAAGCAAGAGGCCCUCCCUGUUCGGUCUAUAUAUAUAUAUUGAAUAAAACCGGGACGCUUUUGCCUUGCCCU